UUGCAUUCACUGCGCGAACAAACGUUUCGAUUAAUCGAUCUUGACAUCUUCAAAAAUUGAAUUAUGAUGCAAAACAAGUGAAAAAUUGCGCGAGACUAUGAAAUAUCUCAUGAUUUUCCCCUAUUUCUAUUUUUUCUCUUUCGGGGAAAUUUAUAUAUCGAUAUAUAUUUCCCCCCAAAAUGAUUCAAUAAUAACAUCGAGAUUGAUAAUUUGGAGGAUAAUCACAUGUUCCGUUAAUUCUCCCAUAAAAUGCCGGAUAAUAUCGUAUAGAACAGUGAAGGAAAGUGGCGAGGGAGGUAGGGGGAGUCCAUGGACAUAUAUAGCAGACGGGUAAUAGAUUAACGAAGCAUAGUUUCUCUAAACUUAUCUUCGGAUAAACGAAUAAAGUGUUUCGUGAACGAAGAAAUUUCACUUUUGUUUAUUCGAGUGAUAUAUUUGAUAUCGUAUUUGAUCACAAUGUGCGAGCCUAAAUUGGUGCAUGGAGGAAAUUACAUCAAGGAAGGCAGGGAUUCUGCAAAAAGUACUUGCCUGAUAUUCUCACCUAAAGAAGAGGAUUCAGUUGGAGCAUUGGCCAGAUAUCUCAAGCUUUUUACAGAAUAUGAAGUUAAUCUAUUGCAUAUCGAAUCUAGAAGUUCCCUUCGCCAGCCGAACGUGUACGAGUUCAUGGUAGAGUGCGCGCCAGAUGGAGACCUUGGAUCGGUGAUCGAGAAGCUUCGAGAGCAAUGCAGUUACUUCUCGAUCAUUUCCAGAAAUCAUAACGACAAUAUGGGAACCGUGCCGUGGUUUCCACGAAGGAUAAGGGAUCUGGACAAAUUCGCGAAUCAAAUUCUCUCUUAUGGAGCGGAGUUGGACAGCGAUCAUCCUGGAUUCACAGAUCCGGUUUAUCGACAACGGCGUAAAUACUUCGCCGACAUUGCUUACAAUUACAAACAUGGGCAACCAAUACCAAGAGUAAAAUACACGAAAGAAGAGAUCGAGACUUGGGGUAUGGUGUUCAGAAACUUAACGAAGCUUUAUCCCAAGUAUGCCUGCAAGGAGCAUAAUCACGUGUUCCCACUGCUGAUCGAGAAUUGUGGCUACAGAGAGGACAAUAUUCCUCAACUAGAGGACAUAUCAAACUUUUUGAAAGACUGUACCGGGUUCACUCUAAGACCAGUUGCUGGUCUCCUUUCUUCGCGAGAUUUUCUUGCCGGCCUGGCUUUUCGAGUAUUUCAUUCCACGCAAUACAUUAGGCACAGCAGCAAGCCAUUAUACACACCUGAACCAGACGUAUGCCACGAAGUAUUAGGUCACGUGCCUCUCUUUGCCGAUCCAUCGUUCGCACAAUUUUGCCAAGUGGUUGGCUUGGCCUCUCUCGGCGCUCCUGAUGAAUACGUCGAAAAAUUGGCCACGUGUUUCUGGUUCACGGUUGAAUACGGUCUGUGUCGGCAAAAUGGCGAAUUGAAAGCGUACGGCGCUGGAUUACUCUCGUCUUUUGGCGAACUCGAGUAUUGUUUGAGCGGUAAACCAGAAUUACGACCGUUCGACCCGGCGAAAACGGCUUUGCAAAAAUAUCCAAUAACCGAAUAUCAACCUGUCUACUUCGUCGCCGAAGAUUUCGAAGACGCUAAACAGAAAAUGAUAAAAUUCACCGAGACUAUACCAAAAUCAUUUGCGGUAAGAUAUGACUCGUACACUCAAAGCAUUAAUAUAAUCGACAGUAAAAAUCAAAUCGAGAGCCUCGUGUACAACGUGAAUCAAGAAGUACAAAUUUUGAUGGAUGCUUUGAGAAAAUUUAAGAAAUAAUUUUUAUACGUUAUUUUUUAUCGAUUAUUGUUAUAUCAUAUAUUCACGUUACAUUAAUGUAUUAUGUAAGAUAUUAUUAUAUAACAUAACUUAGAAGAAGUUUGUUUAAUAAUAAAGUACUUAACAAUUUUUUUAGAAGAAAUAACAGGAAAAGAAGAAAUGUUUUUAUACGUUAAAUAAUAAAUAAUAAAUUAGUUUUCAUGAUUAA